AUGAAGAGACAAAGAGAGUGCAGUGAUGACUGCCAUUCUAUCCUCUUUCAAUUCCCUCGUGAAGAAGUUGACGCUGCCCUAAACUAUGCCAGGAAACUAAAAGCCUGGUUUCGAUAUGACCAGCCUGCAGAAAAAAUCUACAGCUUUGGCACGGCCUUGAGAGACGCCAUGGAUACAGGAGCUGCACAUAAUGGUGAAGUGGGGAGGCUGACAAUCGUGCCUGAAUAUUUUUCUGCAAGAGUGAAGGCAAUUCUUGGAGGCAAUCGUGACUUGAUUUAUGGGUUCAACUCUUUAAUGCCCCCUUUGUAUCAAAUCAGCCUUGACGAUGAGGAGAAGAAGGAAACUGAAGCAACCAUGGAGAGUCAAAUCAGCCUUGAUGAUGAGGAGAAGAAAGAAACUGAGGCAGCCAUCGAGAUCAAGGCAACCGGAGAUCGAGAAAUGGAUUUCAUGAAAAAGAUGGGUAGCAAGCGUGGUCAGGAUGGUUGUGAAGAAUUGUUGAAGAAUUUCAAUCUGUGUAAGGAAGGGUCUAGGAGUUUCGCUGAGGGCUGGAAUUUUGGUCGUAGGCUUACAGACGCCCAUCCUGAUUUGCAAUCGAAACUUCUUAACUUUAUCCCAAUUACUGAACCAACACCAGUGACCUAUUCUCUUCCUAAGUUGCAAUCUUCAGAACCUGGCAAACGUAGGGUUGAUGAGCUGCAGAAAAACAAUCCUGAAAGUUUUGAAGUUUGCAAAAAGAAGAAGGAAUCAGAAUUGGUCAAGGCAGAUGGAUCUCAAGUGAAAGGCAUUAGCCUUGAUGACCAGGAGGAGAAGAAAACUGAGGCAACCACAGAGAGUAAGACGGUCUCAUACCGAGUGGGUAUGGAUUUUGUAAACAAGCUGAAGAUCAAGUGUGGUGAGGAUGGUUGUAAAGAAUUGUUGAAGAAUAUCAAUUUGUUUAAGAAAGGGUCUAAGAAUUUGGUUGAUGUCUAUGAUUUUAGUCUUAGUCUAACCAAAGACCAUCCUGACUUACAAAAGGAAUUAAUUAAAUUUAUGUCACUUUCUGAAUUAGAAAAUCUAUUGGCUUAUCAUCUCCCAGAUUGGCUAUCUUCAGACCCCACUAACACUAGAGCUGCUGAUGAGCUGCAGAAAAAGAGUCAGAAUAGUAAGGAAACGAAAAUUUUCAAGGCAGUUGGAUCUGAAGCGAAAGGCAGUGAAAUUAUGGAUGAAAAAAUUAGAGAAGGACUUGGCUUCUUAGAGGAAGUGAAGAAGAGGCUGCCUUGUGAGGUUAGUUAUAAGAACUUCUUGAAGCUGUUCUUUUAUUACACCAAGGGAAAAAUUGGAAAUUCAGAAUUGAAAAAGAUGGUUGCCAAUUUGAUAGGAAAGUAUCCUGAUUUGAUGGAUAAGUUCAAUAAUUUCUGGAGUAAUUGUGACAGUGUUAAUGUGCUUGAAGUAAGAGGAUGCAAAGAAAGGGAUAAAAGAAGAGAGAAGCAUAGGAAUAAAUCAGGAAAGUACAGAAAGGAAUUCUUCGAAUGUGAAGAUGAAAGAUACCAGCUAGACAUGCUAUUAGAGUGGCUGAAAUCAGCUAUUACAUAUGUUGAUGAAUUGGGAAGAGACACUCUUAGGAAUGAAGAGAAAAAUGGGAGUCAAAGAAUCUUUCUUCGAUGCAUCGAACGUUUAUAUGGCGAUCAGGGUGUUGAGAUUCUGGAAAUAUUUAACAAGGAUCCUCAACGAACACUGCCUGUCUUGAGAUUACGUUUGCUCCAAAAACUGGAGGAGCUGAUUCAAUUUCGUCAGACUCUUAAAAAGUAA